GAACCAUUUUGGUCAGGGAUACAGAGUAAAAAGUAUAAAUAUAAUGAAGACCCUCCUAAAAGUCUGAACCAAUGAUUGGGACCAAAUCAGCUUUUACAUUUAUAACUCAUAAUUAGUGUUUUAUAUUUUAUCAUUGUUAAAACUGCAUUCUUUUUUGUGUAAAUAAGCAUAUAUUUGAUAUUGUGAGUUUGUAUUGUUAAAUUUUGAAAUUGUUUGUAUAUUGAAAAGAUGUUACUGAGUGCUUGAGAAGUUGAUACUGUUCAGAAUUUACUCUUGCAAUGGUCCCGUAUCAUGGGAACGUUGUAUUGUUUUUAUGGUUGAUUGCAUUUGAUCACAGGAGACUGAUUAAUAGUUUAUUCUCCAUUACAAAGAUGUGACUUCUAGUACUUCCCUGAAGUCUUCAACCAGAUUAAAGGAGAAUAGCAGUAAUAAAUUAAAUUGUUCAAGCAAUAAGGUCUUCACUGCCUUUUUGAAUUUACCCACAUAUAUUAACUACUGCAUUUAUAAUGUGCUCCCUGCAAUGAAAGUGGUCUAUGGAGGAUAUUAAAUUGGGAAGCUCAAUACUAAUAAAAUUAUUGUACAUUUUGGGCAUGGUUAAUAAAAUGAUACAAAAAAUA